GAUUUAACGAGAUUUAAAGUUUUAUCAGAUAUGCAAAUAUUAAUAGAAAAAUGUUAAACAGUAUCAUUGAACCUUACAAAGAAGGUCUAUGGCAGUAUUACAAAAGUUAAGAUGUAGUGGUUAUAACGAUAUAAUUCACACUAUGGUAUCAGCCAUUCUGCAUCACUGGUUCCCUAAAAAACUGUAUCAACUCUUGUAUUAAAUGUUGUGUGGGUAUAAAACAAGGGAUCAUUUAAACUGAGACAGGGGGUAUUAAUUAUAUCGCAGUUUUAAUUCUGAUUGAUCAAACAUGGAUUAUAACUGUCUAUAAUCGUUCUGACUAUGAUAAAGAAUACACACUGAAGCCAAUAGCUGAUUUUUUACGCGACGGAAUACAUUCCUACGAACACCAAGAGAACAGGGAUUUGAAGUACAAUGUUAUGAUGUACAAGGGACUUAUGUAUUAUACUAAGACUAGAUAAGUCAGAUACUUUUUAUUGUGUGAUAUGUUUAUGUCAAUAAUAUGUUAAACGCAAAAGAUAAUAAAGACAAAAGGCAUUUCAUAUGAAAAUAUAUGGAAUAUUGCGUUCAAAAGGUCAAAUAUCAGCAAGUAUUUGAUUAGUGCAUUUACAUGUAUGCGGCAUUUCAUCCACGUUGUAUGAUUGAGUUUUAGUUUAAGGAAAAAUUGACCGAGUUUAAGUUCAUAAGAAACAAGGAAACCAAGCUCCUCAUUUAGUGAUAGGAUUACUGUUUUACGUCUUUACAGUUGAACCUCAAAAGUUAUACUUCAGCUAGCCUUACAUGAACUUUCUUACAUGCUCGGAAAGAAUUUUCAAGGCUUAAUUCGGAGAUGUUUUUUUAGGAAUACUGUAUUCUUUAUGUUAUGAAGAUUGACCCAGUAAUGUUUGCUAACAAUUAGUAAUACUAAUCUAUUGAAAGUGUACGAAUAAAAACGUUUGAACUUCCGACAAUUAGGAACAAAAGGGGACACAAAUAGUAAAUAUCGUAUAUAUUACAUUAUAUUGAUAUUUUUAUAUGGUAAAAGCAUCUAAACAAUUUAAUUUCCUUUCAUAAUAAGUUGCCAUUGAUCUGUGUGAACUAAUAAAGACUGCUACUAUCUUAAUUACAAGUUGCUGUUUUGAUUCGGACCAUUAAAAUGAGUAACCCGUCAAAGAAUAUUUAAUCUUGCUUUCAUUUUCAACAACAUAGACAGGAUCAUCGUUAGAAUCAAUGAUUUACCGUCGAAUUAUUUGAUUUUAUUUUGACACAAAUGCUGAACUGUUAAAUAAGACGUCUCAAUAAAUGUCGACGUUUGUAUUCUUUAGAUGUGUCUUACUGUGCAUUUAAUAAUUCUACUACCGGUACUUUGGACUUCUACGGAUAUAAAACAUCACAUUAUAUUGUCAAGCAUAAAGCACACACUUAUUCUGAAAUAAAAGAAAUUGUAAUUUCUAAAGUUCGAAUCAAGGUCAUGGAAUUUCUUAUUCUAAAGGAUGAAUAUCGUGAGUUAAAAAAGUCUGAAAGAUUAUGGCAUAAUAUUUAAUUAUAUAUCUAUGUAUGAUUGCAUGUGAUUUAUUGGAAAUAUGUCGCGAAGUGAUAGAAUUACAUAAUUUGCCGUUAAAAGCCUUUUGAAUUGUUGUACAAUGGAGAGUUUAGAAAAGGUUACAGAUGAAAACUUUGUCCCUACCGAUAAGAAGAAAAAAGUGGGCAGUUACAUAUUAGGUCGGACAAUUGGAGAAGGAUCAUUUGCUAAAGUUCGUCAAGGAUUUCAUAUAAUAGCCAAAGAAAAGGUUGCAGUAAAAGUAGUUCCAAAGAAGGCAUUACUGGCGAAAGAAUCCGUUCGUAGAAAUGUGCGUAGAGAAGCAAUCGUUUUACAAAAGAUACAACAUCCCAAUAUAGUACGGAUGUAUGAAGUCAUGGAAACAGAAAACGGAUAUUACUUAGUGCUGGAAUCUGUAGAGGGUGGUGAAUUCAUCAAGUAUUUAUGUAUGAAAAAGUUUUUGCCCGAGUUUGAGUGUAGAAAAUUUGCUCGACAACUGGUGUCUGCCGUGGAUCACUUACAUCGGUCCAAUAUUGUUCACAGAGACUUGAAAUUAGAAAAUUUUCUACUCGACAAAGAUCUCAAUCUGAAGAUAAUUGACUUUGGUCUAAGUAAUGUUUUCUAUGGUGACUCCUCUUUGGUAACACAGUGUGGUUCACCAGCAUACGCAGCACCAGAGAUCUUUAGUAAUCAGAAGUAUGGACCAGCAGUCGAUAUCUGGAGUGUUGGAGUUUGUCUAUAUGCUAUGCUAGUAGGAGCCUUGCCAUUUAUUCCUGAUUCACCGAACAAUCUAUCUCAGCUCCAUAGCUUACUAUUGAAAGGUUGUGAGAUACCAGACGGGUUAUCUCAAGAAUGUGCCGAUAUUCUAACGCGAAUGCUCACAGCAGACGACCGGAAGCGGAUAAAAAUGGACGCACUCAUGAUACAUCCUUGGUUAUUGGACAGUCACGAUCUUCCAGUGCAAAAAUAUCCAACUGUUUCACAACUAGGACCAUUGGUACCUCAGAGUGCUGUCAUGAAUUACAUGACAAAAAUGUUCAAUUUUCACGAAAGUGAUAUUAUUUUUUCGCUUCAUGAAAGGAAAGUGAAUUCUGUUGCCGCAACCUAUCAUCUUAUUCACAAACGCUUUGAGGCAGGACUCCAUUUGAUUGGACUAGGAAUGGAUCCUUCUUUUCCUCAAAGGAAAAGUCAUACUUUUACGUCAUUUCCGUUAUCAUUUCCAGGUCAGGAGACAUCGAUUCCUAGAUCUAAUGGAUACGUUAAAGAAACUGUUGACAAAGGUUUGUCAAAUCAGGGGUUUCAACCCUCAUCGUAUAAAAACUACCUGCAGUUUUUAAAAGAUGCAAAAACUAAACCUUUGAUACUUUCAAAACAAGGAGAAAAUGUUAUUUUAAGAAAGAAAGGACCAAGAAUGGCUGUGUCACAACAAUAUAAAACAAAUUCAAACAAAAGUUCGGAUCAAAAACAUCCAGCUAAGGAUUUUAUGUUAUCUUGCCAACCUAAACAAGCUGUAUAUGAAUGGUCAGCAGACGGCGUUGUCAGCUAUGACACACCAGAAGUACCCAAAAAUAUUCCUAUUAUUAAGAAAAAUAUUUAUGAACGAUUUCAACAUGUAAAUGGACAAUCGGCGAGUACAUAUAUUGAAACACCUCCACCCCCUCCAAACACAUCACUUGGCGGAAGAGCCAAAACUGAAAUAGAAAUAAACAAUGUUUUGCAAGAAAGGGAAAUGGCUGUCCCUAAAACCUCGCCUGCGGGUCCCCGUCCAGGAUCUGUGAAAACACCAUAUAGAUACUCAUUACGUACACUAACAGAACCACAGUCACAUGAGGAGUCAGAACAAGCAUCAAGUUUCCUGAGUGAUCCAUACCCGGAGGAGUUGUGGGGUAUGACAGGAAAAAGUCGGCAGAGAUUAGUACGCGGUGCAGCACUGACAUUAUCUAGAACCAAAACAAUCUACGCAAACUCAAUUUCAUCACAGAAAAUGCUCACUCCUAGAGAUGCAAUGCCGACGUUAGAUGACAUUAAAUAUGCAAAAAUUGUUGGCAGAGGGAGGGUUUUGCUUGACAAAUCGACUACGAAAAUGUUGAGUAGUGGUAUAUCAGAUUACACGAAACCAAAAACAGCAGGUCUGGUUCGACAGAGACUUCCGGAAGUGCCAUCGUCUGCGUUAUCACGUGCUAAAUCGGAUCUGGGUAUCUAUGGACACAAUAACAAUUCUAAGGGAUCACCAGAACCAUCAGAAUAUGUUCAUAAUGAGAAAUCUCCUUCACCAGUAGAAUUUAUUAUUGCAGAGGAUGAAGCACCCAUGAUGCGCAUACGAAUAACAACGUGUUCUAAGUCAUAAUUGCAAGCCCAGUUUUUCUUUUGUAUGAUAUUCAUGCAAAGUGUUUCUAUGAACAAUUUUACUGAUCUAUUGAAAUGUUAAAUUACCUGCGUCAACGAAAAGUGACUUAUAAAUGUUUUUGGUAUAUUGUUAACGCUGUUUGCCUGUCCCGCUGCAUGUGGUUAUUACACAAUUUAUAAUUCAAAGAAUCGUUACUAGAUUUUUUAACCAAUUGAUUGUUCCAUAAAUAGUUCUGUGACUUGAAUCGUUCCAAAUUAAAAAUAAAUUGAAGCUUGUUUUAUACAUGUUAAAGCUCAAAUGCAUUUAUUAACUCUUUUUUUUUUAAAAUAUUUAUACACUGAUCGGUUCUGAAUUAUAAUUUUGAUGACAUGUGCUGUUUUCAAUUUGACGAGUAUUAAAAUGUAUGUUAUUUUAUUUAUUUUAAAAGUGUUAUGUGACUUGCGGGCGUGUCAUGUGAUCAGUAAGCAGCAGUUUAUUUGUCUUUAUCAGAUUAUGUAAUAUGUGAUACUUCAAUAAUGAAGCAUAAUAAAAAAAAACUAGUCGUGCAUUGUCAUAAUUUAAGGUUAUAAGUAGAACAUAAUCAUGCUGAUUUUCUAGUUUAAUGUAAUUUAUUUCAACACGUUCCUUUUGUUCUGUAGUGAUGAUCAAAGUGUUAAUUAUUUUAAUGAUGUUUCAUUGUAAUAACAUGUUAUUAAUAGAUUUCACAACAGUGGCUAUCCUUGAUGAAAUUUACAGCUCGAAAUUAUAGAAAUGUAAUUGUUAAGUUGAAUGGCCUCCCCUUUAUGACAUAGUGUCCCCUUAAAAUAAAAAGCAACACAGUCCAUAAUAGUUACUAUUAGAUUAGGAAUUGCUUUUUUGUAUGCAAUCAUAGCAAAAAGGAAAAUCACAAAAAUACUAAACUUCCAUGAUAUUCCAAAACGAAAAGUCCAUAAUUAAUUUCAUGGUUAAUUAAAUGGCUAGAUCAAAAUUAAGCUCAAAGGCAUCAAACGAAUGGAUAACUAGUGUCAUAUUCCUGACUUGAUAAUAGCAAAGUACUGUCUCUGAUAUUAUGUGAAUAUGCAAAAUAGUUGUAUUAUGACCCUUCAAUGUAUAUCAUAAAUUACCACAUCUAGACAUCUAGAUAUCAAUAUACAUAUUUCCACAAUAUAUAUUUGUCUGUGCAAUAUGUUCAGUUCUUAUUCGACCAGAUUAUAUAGAAAAUUGGUGAAUAAACGUGACAGCCAAAACUUUGAAAUUCAACCAGAAACAUCAAAUUCCUAAAUGAAUGAAAGAAGGAUUCUUUUAACAAAACAAAUUAAUAUAUGAUUAAAGAAAACCGUUCACGAGGUUCUUGAAAAUGGAGAAGACGAUACUCUAUGGCGGGGUAACCCUGUCAACUUUAUACAUCUCUGGCUUUCAAUUAAUUUGUAUGUGCGUUUCUGAUGUAUAAGUAAAUCAGAGAAAUAGCUCCGAAAGCGCGAAGUUUAAAAGAUUUAUUUUUACGUAGAAUUAAUGUUUAUUUGGCAUGAGUGUCAGAAGAACUUGCAGCAGAUUGUAAAUAUUUGCUUUCUUUUAAAGAAACGCACGUUUUGCGCAAAUACAAAAUUUCAAUCCUGGUAUCUUGAAUGAGUUUAUUUUAACCAAGCAAGACGAACAUAUUUGUGUUUACAUUACAAAAUAGACCACAUUACACCUAAUCAUAAUUGAUUUAUUGUUGUUAUAAUUUUACAUAGGAUAAAACAGAUGCAAAAGGUUUAUAUAAGAAGUACAUUAUAUAAAACAAGAUAAAAAGAAUUGUUGCCUUAUAAUAUUGUUACGUCUUUUUUGUAUUUUUUGUAUUUGAAUUAUUUUUCUGAUGAUUGUUUACAGAUCAUAUUUCUGUUUUUAUAAAAAUCAUAGACCUUGACAUAGAAAGUUGUUGAUGUGCAUGUAUAUAAAUGAAAUUGAAUCAUGUGUGACAUAUGAAUAUCGCAUUGU